AUGGCUGUCAGGAAAGAGUUGGAUAUGAACUCUUUAAAUUUACUGUCCUGGAAUGUAGGCGGGAUAACCUCGCCAAUAAAGAGGAAAGCCAUCAUUAAACAAUUAGGCGUGCAUAAACCUGACCUUGCAAUGCUACAAGAAAUUCAUUUAAAAGACUCAGAAAUAAUGAAAUUAAAAAUGAAGUGGGUGGGAGAAGUUAUUGCUAUCCCCGGGGAGAAUAGGAAGAAAGGACUAGCAAUUUUGGUCAAUAAACAACUAGCUUACGAGAUGGUAGGCUUGGAGGAGGACAUGGGAGGUAGCAGAGCAGCAGAUUCAGAAGAAAGAUUAAUGAACACGCUGCUAAACAAAGACAGAUACAAUAAACUCAUCCGGCCAGCGUAUAACAACACCCAGUUGGUCUCCAUCAAGCUCCAGUUGUCUUUGGCCCAGCUCAUCAGUGUGAAUGAACGGGAACAAAUUAUGACAACCAAUGUAUGGCUCAAUCAGGAGUGGGUUGAUUACCGACUGACAUGGAAUCCAGAUGAAUAUGAUGGUAUAAAGAAACUUCGUAUCCCUUCUCAACAAAUCUGGCUACCUGAUAUUGUACUUUAUAAUAAUGCGGAUGGAACAUAUGAGGUCUCUUUGUUCACCAAUGCAGUUGUGCAGAACAAUGGCAGCAUUGCAUGGUUACCUCCAGCCAUCUACAAAAGCGCAUGCAAAAUAGAAGUGAAACACUUUCCCUUUGACCAACAGAACUGCACUUUGAAGUUUCGCUCUUGGACUUAUGAUUACACUGAGAUUGAUCUUGUGCUGAGUCAAGGCUAUGCGAGUAUGGAUGAUUUCACACCAAGUGGUGAAUGGGACAUUAUAGAGCUCCCAGGAAGAAGAACAGUAAACCCUCUUGAUCUGACAUAUGUUGAUGUCACUUAUGACUUUAUAAUCAAAAGAAAGCCUCUUUUCUAUACUAUUAACUUAAUAAUUCCAUGUAUUCUAAUUACUUCUUUGGCGAUAUUGGUGUUCUAUCUUCCAUCAGACUGUGGACAGAAGAUGACUCUCUGUAUAUCUGUACUUCUUGCUUUAACUGUGUUUUUGCUCUUAAUUUCCAAAAUUGUCCCUCCAACUUCUCUAGAUGUUCCACUAAUUGGGAAAUACCUCAUGUUUACUAUGGUGUUGGUGACAUUUUCCAUUGUCACCAGUGUUUGUGUUCUUAAUGUACAUCACAGAUCACCUAGCACCCACACUAUGCCACCAUGGGUAAAGAAUUGUUUUCUGGAGAAGCUUCCAUUUUUCCUAUUUAUGAAACGGCCAGAACAUAACUCAGCUACUCAAAAGCUCCACAGCUGCAGGAAGAACACACAGCUUGAAUCAUUCAGAAAUUCAAACUACUUUGUAAACACAGCAACUUUGAGAAAAUGUGAUGUAAAACUUAGUAAUCAGGCUGAGAGUUUGCGAAAACCAGAUAUCCGUCAAAGAUCUUACAGGAAGUUUUCUCCUGAGGUUCAUGAAGCUAUGCAAGGUGUCAACUUCAUAGCAGAUCACAUGAAAAGUGACGAUGAAGACCAAAGUAUCAUUGAAGAUUGGAAAUAUGUUGCCAUGGUUGUGGACAGAUUGUUUCUCUGGAUCUUUAUCAUUGUUUGUGUUGUAGGAACUGUGGGACUCUUUAUGCAGCCAUUAUUGCAAAACCAGACUCCAUCUGGUACUCAUUAAAGCAGAGGAUCUCUGUAAUAACAAGACUUCCUAUCCCUACCCAUCAAGUUAUAUAUAUUUCAAUUUUUUUUAGCAUAAUACCUGAAG